UCUGGACAACACUGUCUUGCGUACUUUUUUCGUUAUUUCGUUAAUCACAAUAUCAGUAUYGUUUGCCAAUGGUUCGUAGACAAUUUAAUUUUUAAAUGUCAUAAUCGCCAUCAUUUACACGCGUUAUAAAUCGGCUGGUGUACUUAUAUAAACAAAUUGUAUACCUACAUUAGAUGUUCGUAUAUCAGCGAUYCCAAGAUACAACCGAUAGAUAUAUAGGUACCUGAGGGCUGAAAUAUCUAUAAGUUGAGGUGAUACAUAUGCGUGAAGAAAAAGUGAAAAAGCGCUCAUAACAUAUGGUGUUAUAAUGCGUUUUUCAGAUAUUAUAAUUCAAUAAUAACAAACGUUACACACAAUAAUGGAUCGGUGUGAGAACUGCGGCGACGAAUAUGAACGGUUGCUGAGCGAGGAGGAUGACCGGUCGUCAGCAGCCGAGGAUCAUCGCAACGAACGUCCGCUUCAUCAACAACUACAGCGGCCCGUUGAUAGCAGUCGGCGCGUGGCUUUCGGCUUUGGACACGUGUUCAAUGACAUUACCGCGGCCAUUUGGUUUUCUUACACCAUGGUAUUCAUGCAAAACGUAGUUGGUGUACCCGCAACCACCGCUGGAUUUCUGUUGUUUUUCGGUCAAACUGUAGAUGCAAUAGCAACACCAUUUGUUGGAAUCAUAGUGGACAAAUUYGGGAAAAAGAAAAAUUGGRUACUUUUAGGCACAGUAAUAGAAGCCAUAAGUUUUCCGUUAAUAUAUUAUGCUUGGAAUUUAUCCAUAGCUGUAAUCACCUUGAUUUAUAUUUGCGCGAUAUUAACAUUCCAAAUGGCAUGGGCUCUAGUUCAAAUUUCUCACUUGUCGUUGAUACCAGAGCUGACUGAUUUGUCUUUAGAGAGAGGAAAAUUAACUUCAAUAAGAUAUGUAUUCACAGUGUCCACAAAUAUUUUAAUGUUCAUCAUUGCUUGGUUAGUAUUCAGAGGUGUACGAAAAAACGGAAAUAUGAGUAGUCUAAUUGGUCCUAACGACUCAGAAAAAUUUCAAAUGUUAGCGUUAAUUGCUACAACGAUUGGAGUGGUAUCGGCGUUUAUUUUCCACGGGCUAUUGAAAAGCCCACGAAACACCAAUAAAAAUUUGAUGUACAGGCAGAAUCGGAAGAUAAAUUUCGAUAAAAUACUGACAUUUUGUAAAAACCUUCAACUGUACCAAGUGGCUGUCGUGUUUACAACUUGUAAGCUAUUGAUAAAUAUAGCUCUGAUCUAUAUACCGCUUUUCAUCAACGAAUCGGCAAUUGAUGAAUCUGGUUCCAUUGCUAGCAUACCGUUGGUGGCGUAUGUGUCUUCUUUGAUCACAUCUAUAGGCGUGGAAUACGUUGAACCAUGUUUUAAAUCUGAUAAAGUGAUAUUUACAAUUGGUAGUAUGAUAUCAAUUUUUGGAUCAUUAUUGGUAUUCUUCAAUCCUAAUAACGGACUGACUUAUCACUACUUAUGUUUAGCUGCUGUAUGCUAUGGUUCAGGAAGUGCAAUAACUUCAGUUUUAAGCCUUAGUGUCACUGCGAACCUUAUUGGGAAUGAUAUAGAUUGUGGAGCAUUCAUAUACAGUUCAGUUACAUUUUCUGAUAAAUUGAUUAAUGGUUUAGUUAUCAUUGGAAUAGAAUUCAUGAAAUGCACAGAUUUGGAAAAAUGCUCUCAUUAUUACAGAGAUGUUUUAGCAUUUAGCAGUGGAUCACUUGCCCUAAUUGGUUUAUUGGUGUUUUUAACAAUACCAAAAAGACUUAUAAAGACGACAAAGAGUUCAUCAUCUCCGAUAGUUAUUUAAAUUGAAUUGUAAAAAUAAAAUAUGUUCCUUAACUAUUUUUAGGUUAGG